GGCUCGCCUUCCUUCCUUCUUCCUGCAUGCACAUGAACCACACGAGCUACUGAGACACGUUUUAAUGUAUUGCUGUGAUUCAGCCACAAGAGGAGGCUGUUAUCCUCCAUGUGUGAACCACAUGUCUCCUUUAGCAGAGCUCUUUCUGCUUUUUUACCUCCAGUGUUUACAACAAAGAAGCACAAAGAAGACAAAUGCAAAUGGCAGCCGAACACCGCAGGUCUUCGCCGGUGCAGUGUGAGGAGAAAAUUGGUCAUUGUGAGAAGGGUAUGCUGGAUCUGACCCAGGCUACAACCAGACAUGCAAGUGUGAAAUCCAGUUGAAAGGGUCGCACGGCUGAAGCUGCAAUAUAAAGUAAAGAUGCUCAUCUUUCAGCAACACACUAGUAAGAAUCAGAAAAAGGUCCAUGAGUGUGAGAAAGUAUUGCAGAGUGGCAGGCAGGGGACUGCGCCCAGUCAUGGCGGACCACAGAAACAAGAUCCGACGAGCCACACAGCAGGAGAGGAAGAUGGCGGCAGUCUUUACUGCAGACUACGAAGGACUAUACUCGAUCCAUAGAAAAGCGGUGGGAGUAGUCUGCGAUUCAACACAACAGAACCAAGAAGCACACAGUGAGGUAAACCAGCAGGAACAAAUGGAUGGCAAAGACAAACUAUCAUGGCGUCAUUCUGCUUUGGCCAGGCCUUCUCGUGUAUCAGCGAUGAGAGGGACGCUACCGUCACCGCAGCCCCAUGUGUUGAAUAAGCAUGCGAUGGAAUCCUCAUUAAAUGGACGUACUGCCGGAGGACGUGUGCGGAAGACAAUCAAAGUCAAGGAGUUUUUUUGCAGUGGCAUAAGUAGAGGUCUGGAUCUAGUAGUUGUGCAGUGUGGGCUCUACAGGGACGUGGUUUAUGGAUGCUGGGACUAUGAGCAUAAGCGACAAAAGGGACUACAUAGCAGACCUGGGAGGCAGCUUCACCGAGGAUGCUCCUAGACCGCCAGUCCCGGGGGAAGAAGGCGAGCUGGUGUGCAGCGACGGACGCCAGUACGGCAACCUCGGCUUCUCCUCGAAGAGCGAGAGCCUCAAGUGUGAGGCGUCUGUGGCUACGCCCAGGCGGCCUGACCUGGACCUGGGUUACGAGCCGGAGGGAAGUGCCUCCCCUACACCACCCUACUUAAAGUGGGCAGAAUCCCUUCACUCCCUCCUGGAUGACCAAGAUGGCAUCCAUCUGUUUAGGACGUUCCUCAAGCAGGAGGAGUGUGCGGACAUGUUGGACUUCUGGUUUUUAUGCAGUGGCUUCAAACUUGAAGCUAACGAGGGCAACGAGGAGAAGAAGGUCAAACUGGCGAAAGCUAUCUAUAAGAAAUACAUCCUGGACAACAAUGGGAUUGUUUCGCGACAGAUUAAACCAGCUACGAAGUCCUUCAUCAAAGACUGCGUCAUGAGGCUACACAUUGAUCCUGCGAUGUUUGACCAGGCUCAGACUGAGAUCCAGACGAUGAUGGAGGAAAACACGUACCCCUUAUUUCUUAAGUCUGACAUCUAUUUGGAAUAUACGCGAACGGGAGGAGAGAGCCCGAAGCUGUACAGCGAUCAGAGCUCCGUUUCUGGGAAUGGAAAGGGGCUGUCGGGUUAUUUAGAGACUUUAAACGAAGACGAGGAAUGGAGAUGCGACCAGGAGCCGGAGGAGCAGCCCGAGUGCGACCCCACGCCGAGCAACCGGCUCACUCAGAAGCUGCUAAUGGAGACGGCACCACAGCGCGUUGCCAGCAGCGCGAGGUUCCAGGACGGUCACGAGUACAGGCAUUCACCAUGUCGGGAGCCCAUCAACCCGUACUAUAUCAACACUGGUUUUGCUCUGGGUCCUGCUACCAGCGCCAACGAUAGUGAGCAGCAGAGUAUGUCCAGCGACGCAGACACCACCUCCCUCACCGACAGCAGUGUAGAUGGGGUUCCACCCUACAGAUACCGUAAACAGCAUCGCCGGGAGAUGCACGAAAGUGCCAAAGCAAAUGGGCGAGUGCCACUACCUCAUAUUCCACGCACAAACCGGAUUCCAAAGGAUAUACACGUGGAGCCGGAAAGAUUUGCUGCAGAGCUCAUCAGCAGACUGGAGGGCGUACUGAGAGAGAGGGAGGCUCAGGAGAAGCUAGAGGAGCGACUGAAGAGAGUACGAUUGGAAGAAGAAGGCGAUGAAGUUGUGUCCACCGCAGCAGCGUUAUCCAGUCACAGGUUCCCCCCUGGUGCUUAUCAGCAGCAUUACAACUCACGCUAUGCUGACAACACCUACAGUGGUCCUCCUCUGAGAGACGCUCACGAGGAGAACCCCGAGAGCAUCCUGGACGACCACGUCCAGCGAGUCAUGAAGACUCCCGGCUGCCAGUCGCCGGGCACGGGCCGUCACUCUCCCAAGUCGCGCUCGCCAGAUGGUGGCGUCCCAGGGGGCAAAGGGACGGGACUUGGAAUGGCGCAGGCUAAACAUCCAUCCAGGCACGGCCUCAAGGGAGACGGCAACCACUUGUACCACCACAAACACAUGCACCACAUCCACCACGCAGGCGUCGGGAAGCCCAAAGAGCAGGCGGAGGCUGAGGCGGCCAUGCGUGCGCACGGCAGCUUACCUUGGAGCACGGAGACGAGUCAUUAUGGAUCAAAGUCUCGCAGCUACGCAGACGGCAUGGGAUCCAACCCCAUGGAGCACACAGGGUAUAGUAGCAAAGGUGUCACACAGUGUAAAAGGGCGUUCAAGAAAGGUGAGGAAGUGCGGCCUUAUGACAUGCCGGCGCCUGCAGAGGAGAUGGAGAAAAACCAGAAGAUCCUUUUGUGGCUGAUGGAAGGACAGAAAGAAAUGGUUCAACAUAAGAGGAGCCCAUACGGGAGCACCACUGGGUCCAAGAGGACCACAGGCCACGAGGCCCAGCUGCGGAACAACGUGCAGCCGUCUCACCCUUUCAUCCAGGAUCCCACCAUGCCCCCAAAUCCAGCUCCCAGCCCCCUCAUCCAGCUGGAGGAGGUGCGCCGGCGGCUUGAGGAGGAGAAGAUUAAGUCUGGGACUGUCCAACCCAAGCAACGGUAUGUGAUGGAGGUGAUCCAGAGGGGUCGCACCGCAGUCAGGCCGGCACUGUUCCCUCCGCUCAGCAUGGUGCCCGCCGUCUCUGACAGCGAGCUCUCCCAGCCCGAACACAAAGCCACUAAAAAGCAGCCGUGUGAAAACAUCACUGUGGCGUAUUACUUCUGUGAGGAGCUGAUACCGUACAGGACGUCUGUCAGAGGGAGGGUCGUCACACUGGGCCAGUUCAAAGAGCUGCUAACAAAGAAAGGAAAUUACAGAUAUUAUUUCAAGAAGGUAAGCGACGAGUUUGACUGCGGGGUGGUGUUUGAAGAGGUACGUGAAGAUGACGCUAUCUUGCCCAUCUUUGAGGAGAAGAUUAUCGGGAAAGUGGAAAAAAUCGAUUGAAGGUCACGUUGGAAGAGGAAGGCAGCGUGUGACGGAGCGAUUGGAUGGUGAAGAGGAAGUGUUUUAGGAUUGAGAGCGGAGAAGAAAGUGAUACAGUACAGGUGGAUCUAGAAUUGAAGAUCAAGCAGUGGUCACAAUGGACGACUUGUGACUCGGUAGCACCACUGCAGAGACGUUGGACUAGAAGAAAAAAGACCUCAUUCACUUCUUGGGAGUGUAAUGUAGCAUUGUAAUGUUUACUAGAUAAAUGAAGGAACAAAAGUGCUACUAAAGCUACAUAUUUUUGAUAUGAUGUAUCAGAGGGUGUCCUUUCUAAAGUAACCACACUUGUCUUUUUUAUAUGUAUUGGUAACAGAUGUGUACAGUUUGUUUUAAAAGAUAACAAAAUUUUAUAUCUAUUUAAGUAUUUAAAAAUGCUCAUUUUCAAUCCUAUCGAAGCAGGAGCAUCGCUCCUGUUGAAGACGAUCAAAAUCCUUUUUAGGGCUGAUUUUUGUUUGUUCUAUUCACUGUAUGAGAGCCCUCUGGACUCUAAUGUUUGUGCUCUUCUUAGUGCUUUUAAUACUUCACUUAGCAGUACUUUGUUUUGUGGCAUUCAAUCAGGCUGCACUUUCAUUGGAUUAUAUGCCACUGACUAUGUCUCAGCGUAACAUGAAUCUCUAAAGCAUCAAACAUGAGUGACCAGAAAAAUGGAAACCCCUGUACAGUCUACUGUAAUCCAGCACAACAGCCCAGUGUCUUAAACUUUUAAUUUAAGAUUAUGGUAAUUUUUGACACUGCAGGAGAGGAUUUAUGGUCUUUUUUGAGGCUCAAAUUUUGUGAUGGUGUUGUUAUGGAUAUAAGAAACACACACAAUUAUUAUUUGUUGAAGGGCUGUUUUAUUAGGUUGCAUUUAGGCAUGGAACGAUAUAAGAUUUUAUCACAAAUCGCGAUGAAAACACUCGAAAUAAGUUCAUCGUGGGGAAUUUCCAUUAUCGUGAAUAUCCUCACGAGUGACCUGAAAAUUCGCCAUCAUGGUAGAGAAGUGAAAAAUAGAAACUGAUUUAAAAAAAAAAAAAAAAAAUACAGUAAUUAUCAUGUAAGAAAGAACAGACUCUAUUGCUAUUUUGCUAUUUUUUAAAAUGUAUUUAUCCUUUAUUUAAGCAGGGAGACCUUAUGAUUUAUGAUUACCUUUUUUAAGAUUGUUUUCACAAAAAAGGUUCACUAAAUAUUAAUGUGUCCCUUCUGUGAUGCAAUAAAAAUAAUGUCAAAUGUAAGGUAAAGUGAUUCCAUUAUUUUGAUGAUUUUCAGGAUAAUAGCAUGAAUUGCAGUUAUUCUAGUCAGGAUAAUCGUUCCAUUAAAUCUUCAUAUCGUCCCAUGCCUAGUUGCAUUACUGCAUAUUGUGCAGGUUGUUUCAUUUUGCUGGUUAUUUGGUGUAUACUGCAUGUGAAUGUAGCCAGUGGCUAUGUUUAUGUACAGUCUUCUGCUGCAUUGUUUUUACCCAACCCAGUUGAAAAUAACACAAUAGAUGCAAUAGUACUGUAAAAAAAAAAAAGAUUGGAAAGACAAAUUAUGAUUGGAAAGCACAAGGUGAAUAUCUAUGCAAGUUGGUUCCCCCAAUCCAAAAACUACAUUUAUAUUCAUUAACUUAAACUUUGAACUUCAAAAUUCAACUUAAAGAGAUAAUAUAGGAACAUUUCAAAACAAUUAGACACAAUCAGGUUGUAAAACCUUACGUUUUACAAUUCUGAUGAUGAAUCCUGACUGUGGAUGAGUAAUUAGACUUCAAUGAAUGAAUAUUUCAAAAACAGUUAUUCGUAGGAGGCCAAUUAGAUUGAUAUUCUUUGUAUUAUUUCCAGUUAAACACUGAAAGAUGCUGUUUUGGUUUCAGUUUCUAAAGUCAAGUAUUACCUUCAGCUUUAGAGGUUGCCGUUGUUUAUCUGCAGACCUGCACACUCAAGGUCAUGCUUGCAGUGCAGAGAGGCUGUUUGAACCUGUUCAACUAAAGUUAUAUAACCGCAUUUGAAUGAGAAGGCCAGCGAAUGUCAUCAGAAUACUAUCGUACGUUGAUGUUUGUGCAGUGAAGGUCACAUAAAGGCAUAUUUAAGUGCUCUAUUUUACCGUCAGAGUAGAGGAGGGCUAACAGUCACAGAAAUGUUGCGUUUAUUAUGUUUACAUCACGUUUAUUUUCUCCAGCUUCGAGGUCCGUACAUGUUCACACCUGCGAUCCCCAACUUACCAUCUUACACUUUGAAUCACUUGCUUAGUUGAUCAAUCGGUUAAGAGCUCCGAUCUGUAGCCUUCUCUAGCUUAUCACAGCUGCAUCUUGUGCCUGGAAGGAAUGAAUUGUUUAGAGCAAAUGAUCUACUUUUGAUAGAUCACAUUACACCAAAGAGAAAAAAAAGUAGUAGAUAGUGUAAGCACGCUCUUUAAUUCCACUGAUUCCCCUUCAUUUUCUGACUGCACUUAUUAUUCGCCAUCCUUGUUAUUCAUUCUUUUAUAUUAAAUCAUUGAAGCUCUUGCGCGAAAGACCAGAAUGUUCUUUGCAAUGUGAUUGCAGUUUUUCUGAUGCGCAUCGUGUUAUGAACAUCAGCAUCACAUUCAUAUGGAGCUUUCAGGACAUGUAGACCUUCUUAUUAUCGCGACACUGAAAGACAAUUUGCAUUUCCCGUCCCCUCUAUUUGGCGGUGUGAAUGAAACUUUUGCACAGGAAUAGCACAAAUUGAAAUGAAAGUAAAAAUCACGCUGGGGGAAGCAACGUGACAUUAAGAUUCAAGGCCACCGUGUUUUUUAUUCUGCACCUCUGCAUUGUGCUGGAGUCCAUAGUGAGGAAUGUGCUAUAAUAAAAGCCUUUUGUUAUGGAAUAAUAGGCAGAAAGAUAAGUGGACCUUGAAGCCGGAGUGUAUCGUAUGUGCUGUUGCAUAGAAACCCAGAAUGAGGAAUAUCUCCUUUCUUGAAAUGCUGUUUGCUUUUUUUUUUUUUUUUUUUUUUAGAUUCUUAACUUAAAUCAGUUUAAUAUAUUUACUGCCUCCAGUGUCUGUUAAAUUAUACAUUAUUGAGCACAUGGUCAAGUUAAAUACUAAAAGUAUUUUCAUUGUUUAUUUCUUUUGAAAUAUAGAGUAUCAAAUCUGUUUAUGAUUCUUACUGUGAAAGCCCCAAAAGUUCCCUUAUUUAAGAUCAAUGUAUAUAAUAAACAUCAGAGUGCCUUUAUUACUAUGCUAAUGAUGUCUGCUGUGUGGGACAUAAAUACCGGGGAUUUUCUUACAUUGUUUUUGUUUAGACUUUUUUUUUAAUUCUUAUUUUGUCUUUCUUGUUUAAUGUCUGUCACUAUUCCACCUUUUCUAUGUAAAUAUGUACAAGUUAAAUCUGUCAUCAACCAGCAGCCCAGUCAGCACAUCCAGAACCCUGGACCUGUUUUUGUUCACUAACUAGCAUGGUUACCAUUUAAAGGUACCUGGACAAUAAAUACAUGCAAUAAACCAGCACUUGAGUGUUA